AUGAUGUCGCCAAAGGCCUGCGACCACUGCAACUGGAGUAAAGAGGAGGAAUGUACGGCAGCUGCAGGCGCUAGUCCAACAUGCAUCAGAUGUAGUCGUCUGAAGAUUAGCUCCACCGCCCGUCGGAUUAAGCGGAUGAGACAACGAUCUUCUGUCACCACCUUCCCACAUGGGGGCUUACGGGUUUCCAGUGACAUGUUGCAACAUCGCCCCAAGUCCAAGGAAAGCGAGAGCGAUGCAUCGUCUUCACCAUCUAGUCAACGCUCAUCUUCAAGCUCACCUCCAAUAGCCGAUGAAGCUUGGACACCAGAAACCGAUGUCGUGAUAUUAUCCCCAGAGAAAUUACUCGGCGCCCCGACCAAUUUCCAAACGAUGUCAGAUGCGUUGCGCACCGUUAUGGACGUGGAACAAUUCUCAGUCAUACAUUUACCGUUCAUGCUAGGAGAUAGUUUUAUUCCAACAUCUCAGAAGGCUGUUUACGUUAUUUUGCAACUAUCCGGUCCGAUUGUGACUGAAGGAUACCUGGCAUUCCUAGGACUGAUGUCAAAUUACCAAAAUACCCUCGUUGUACGGCGGGGCGAGCCCGAUAUGUACAAGGCAGCAAAGGGAUUACAACGUCUGCGAAGUGUGAAAAUCUCACACGACUACGACGCAGCUUGUGUUCUCUUCCUGGGACAGACUAUGUACGUGUUCAAUGUACUCACGGCACCCUACUCCAGUACCGCUCACUCUAUCAUGCGGAGCGCCCUCAUCUCGGCCAAACCAUGGCUUCCCAGGUUGGUGACAACGCCUAUCAUGGACACAAUAACCAUGACACCGAUUUUGAUCGACACGGUCGAGUGUUUAGUGCACCGUGAGAUCCCUAUAAUACGACUCGAUCUUCAGCGUCGCGUCAUCGUCGACCGCUAUCUCGGUCUUUGUGCAACACUUCUCCCUCAUUUCUACGACAUAUGCGAGUGUAGCAACGCCUUGAAAAUAGAAAACCCUGCUACCGGAUCUGAAUCAUACUCGGCCAUUCAUGACCGACUGGAUGGAAUAGAAGAAUCAAUCCGACGUUGGCGACCCCAAACCCCCACUGGACUAUUUGACAGCUACGGCCAGAAUGCAGUUUUAUCAAUGGUCACACAAGCAAAUGUGUAUCGUCUGGCUGGUUUAUUGAUCAUCCACCGGCUCCGAUAUCCGCUAGGAGUCGAGGACGAGGCAGGGGGGAAACUUGCAAAUGGGAUAUUUUCUGAAUUGGCAUUCUUUGCCAAGUCAGCAGUCAAUUUAAAGGAAUCUAGCGCGUUGCCUGUGGUGCUUCCUUUGACGAUGGCCAUGCUUGAGAUAAAUGGGCCCGGGGAAGUUUUGCUAGAUCGCUUGGCCACCUCAUUCACCGUCCAAAGCGCAAGUGCAUCGCGGCUUCAGGUAUUUGUGAAGGUGGCCAGGGCAUCGAGGGAGUCUGGAUAUCAGGGCAUCUGGUUUGACUUGGUUGAUACACAUCUUCGUGUUGCGGUACCGCCAUAG